AUGGGUCUAUGGCUUAGGGACUGCCAAGGAGCGGGUAUUGACAUUAAGAAGCACCACGUUCGCAACAAGAACCGUCAGGCCCCCAAGUCUGAGGAUGUCUACCUGUUGUUGCUCGUCAAGCUCUACAGAUUCCUUGCCCGCCGCACGGACUCUUCCUUCAAUAAGGUCGUCUUGAAGCGUCUCUUUAUGUCGCGUGUCAACCGCCCCCCUAUGUCGGUUUCCCGCAUCGCCCGCAACAUGGCUGGCAAGGAGGGCAAGACCGCCGUCGUUGUCGGCACUGUCACGGAUGAUGUCCGCUUCCUCGAGGUCCCCAAGCUCACAAUCGCCUGCUUGCGCAUCACCAAGACCGCCAAGGCCCGCGUCUUGAAGGCUGGUGGUGAGGUUAUCACCUUCGAUCAGCUUGCCCUCCGCGCUCCCACUGGUGCCAACACCGUCUUGCUCCGUGGCAAGAAGAACACCCGUGAGGCCGUCAAGCACUUUGGCAUGGGCCCUGGCAAGCACGCCAAGCCCUAUGUCCAGAGCAAGGGUCGCAAGUUCGAGAAGGCCCGUGGUCGUCGUGCCUCCCGCGGCUUCAAGGUUUAAAUACCUUUAUCCCUUGUGGUGGUGCUGUCAAUCAUUCCUGCAAUCUUUAACUGUCCAAAAUAAAUACCUGUUUUCGGUCUCCAUUUCGUCCAACUUUUCAUGUCAAUGGCCAGAAAAUCGACAUUUUGCGAUGGAACGCGUGGAUACUGUUGACCA